UAUGGCUUCGCUAACAAAAGUUUUAAGACUUUCAAACUCAGUAAAUAACGUUAAAAAAUUAUUUACUAACUUGUCGGUUUGUCAAAAUGUUGUCCCAUCGUUACAUUCAAAAGUCCCAAAUGUGCCCACAAUCCCCAGGAGUGCAUUGAUACACACUUCUUCGAGGACAGAUGACCUGAUGGAAUUCUUCGACAAAGACAUCAACUGGACGAAGCAAAGAAUUCAGGUUGGCCGUUCAUGGAGCACUGAUGAGCUACGCAUCAAAAGCAAUGAAGAUUUGCACAAGCUCUGGUAUGUGUUGUUAAAAGAAAAAAAUAUGCUCCUGACCAUGGAACAUGCUUGCAACGAAGCCUAUGAACUAUUUCCAAAUCCAGAGAGGCUGGACAAAGUCGAGGAGAGCAUGAAAAAUUUGGAAACAGUUGUGCGAGAAAGAAAUGAAGCCUAUUACCAGCUAGAAACUGGACAGACUGGAGAAGUGCCAUCAAAAAUUGUUAAUAAUGUACUAGGCCUGAGGCAAUACUAUAGAUUUUCACAACAUGUGAUACCCAAAGGAAUAAAUCAAACUUGGAAGAAAAAAUACUUAUUUGGAUAUGGUGGUCAUGCAGUAAGGAAAUUCCUGUUGAAAUACCGUGAAAACAUAUGGAAUGAGAAAAGAAAGAGAAAUAACCGAGAAACCAAUGCUGCUAUCUCUUUGCUGAAGAAAUUCCCUAAUCUGGAUAUGGAAGCUCUCAGACAGAAGUAUCCCAACGCAAAUAUAGAAAAAGCACUGAGGUCUAAUAAGCUUAAAUAUCACGGUGUGGCUUCUCGUUAUGAAUGAUAUAUUGUUUCUGUAAAUACUUCGCUGAAUAUCAUUGUUUAAACUGAA